AUUUCUUCCUGGCUAUUCCCUUUUCUACUCAUACCAUGUUUGACAUUCGACCUGGAGAAAUAAUAGAAUAUGAUUAUCGAUCUUCUAAUAUACCAUCUGUGUCAACAACCAGUUUGAAAAUACUACAAUGGAAUGUCGAAAGAAACUAUGAGGCGGAUGGAAUCUUGAAGAAAAUCAAAGAACUCGAUCCAGAUGUAUGUGUACUACAAGAAAUAGACAUUGAUUGUCGAAGAUCUGGAAAUAGGAACCAUAUGGAAGAAUUAUGCAAAACUUUGAAAAUGAAAGGUGUUUUUGUAUGUGAAUUUUGGGAACUUGAAAGUCCUCUAAGGAAAGAUCGUGAUCAAGGUGGUGGUUUACAUGGGAAUGCUAUCCUUACAAAACAUGAGUUGACGGAUAUACGGGUCAUUGAUCAUCAGUAUCAACCUUUUUUUUGGGAAAGAGAUGGUGCAUUAUUAAAUGAACCUCGAAAGGGAAGGCAAGUCUUAUUGAUAACACGUUAUACAUUGGCCAGUGUGAUCAAUCGACCUACUUGUCCAUCUAUUCUAAUAUAUAACGUACAUUUGGAGGUUUUCACGGGAAUCAUUGGACGAGUGUCAGUCUUCUCGGAACUCUUUCAAGAUGCACAUUUUUACACCAACCAAUUUCCAUAUCAGGCUAUAUUUGGAGAUCUGAAUACAAUGGCUCACUCUAUCGCAAGAUUGUCACCAAAAUACGCUAGGGAUCGAUAUCGCUUCUUGUCAUUGGGGGAAACAGAAGCAUCAUGGUUUGAUCGAAAUAUACUUGGAUAUCAUAUAAUGGAUGGGCCUCUAAACAUACGAUUGUUAACGAUGCAACGAUCAUCAUGGACACCUCUUUGGAUACUCAAAUCAAUGUUUAACUCUUCUAACAAACUUAUCUCAAAUUGGGGAUUAUCAUUGGGAAUUUGGUUGACUGGAUUCUCUGCGGAUGUGAUGAUCAAAGCAAGGAACCCUGGAUUUUAUGAUGGCUGGCCAAUACAACAUGAUACCUUGCACAAUCCUGCCUAUUUUGGACUGUUUAAAGCGAAAUUGGAUUGGACACUAUUACGGAACAUGGAAAUCAAGCAUCAACAAUAUGGAAAUAUAGAUUAUAAGCUCAGUGAUCAUCAAUAUCUCAUGAUGGAAGUAGAUACUGACAGUAACGACAUACUUGAAGAUGACAACAGACGAAAUGCUUUAUGGCUUUUACGACGACAACAAUUCAUGAAUACCCAUAGGAUAGGAUAUUCACGGUAUUUAGUAUUAUUCGUAUUAUUAGUACUUGUAUUAUUAGCUUUAGUAGUAUAGACGUUGAUAGGGAUAAAUAAAAUACAUUUAUUCAAGUUUUUAAUC